AUGGCUAGGAAAACUCGAGCUAAAGUCAAUUCCAAAACCUCUAUAAUUCUCAGUGAAAUGGUCCUUGUGAGAUUCACAUCCAUUGAGAACAGAGACAAGGUUUUGAUGGGUGGAUCGCAAUUUUUUGAUAAAAAACCUUUGAUGAUCAAGGUCUGGUCACCAGAUAUGGAUCUCUCUAAGGAGGUGUUGGAUAUUGUUCCACUGUGGAUUCAAUUGCACAAAUUAGACAUCAAAGACUGGGGUGAACGAAGCCUUUUUAAGAUUGCUGGUCAAAUUUGGAAGCCAAUAAAGACUGAUCAAACAACACAAAAAAGGGAGAGGCUGACUUUUGCUAGAAAUUUGGUGGAGGCCAGUUUUAGUAAGGUGUUUCCUCAUCAAAUUUCUUUCCUGAAUGAGAGAAAUGAAGUGGUUCAAUUGGAUUUGAUUUAUGAUUGGAAACCUGAAAAUUGUGAAGUUUGCAAGUCAUUUGGGCAUGUUGUAGAAAACUGUAGAAAGGUCAAAAGUAGGCAAACCUGGAGACAGAAAAAACAAAAUGUUCCUAAUGUGCCUGGUCCAAGUAGGCAGCAGCAAGAGCCUCAGGUGGAUAGAGAUGGAUUUCGAUUGGUGCAUAAUUCAACAAAAAAGUCCCCACAAAGAGCUGCUGAAGUGAGUACUAGCAAUAUAUUUCAGAUACUAGCAGAGGAGGAAGUUACAAUUGGAAACAUUGUGUGUGAAAUUGUUGAUUCAAAGGCUGUAAGGGGUGAGAACCCUCCAGUUCCUGAUGAGUAA